AUGUCUCCUCUUCGGUGGGGAGUCGUGACUGCUGGAACCGUAGUACACGAUUUUGUAUGCGCCAUUUCGACGCUACCCGAAUGCGACCACAAGGUCGUUGCCGUUGCAGCUAGUGGCCGCGACAGUGUCCAGAAGUUCGCCGAGCUGCACGGAAUUCCUUCGUUCUAUGUUGGUUUCGAAGCAUUGGCGAAGAAUCCACAUAUUGACAUCGUCUACAUUGGUGCGGUGAACAGCGUUCACUAUGAGGUGGCCAUGAAGAUGUUGGAAGCUGGGAAGCACGUCCUGUGCGAAAAACCUUUAUGCGUAAAUGAAGGCCAAAGCAAAGCUUUGCUGAACUAUGCCCGCGAAAGGAAACUAUUUUGCAUGGAAGCAAUUUGGUCACGGUUUUUCCCAAGCUACAAUCAUGUUCGUGAGCGCAUCCGAAAGGGAGAUCUUGGCAACGUGAAAGAGAUAAUAGCCGAGUUGGGUUCACCCGCGUCUAAGAUGGAACGCAAUCGGAUAAGGCAGCUUGGUGGAGGGUCGGUUUUUGAGAAGGGCUUUAACAACAUUCAGCUGGCUCUGUGGGCUUUCCAGGAGGCCCCAGAUAAAAUUGUAGUUAAUAAAUGUAUUCAGAACGCUGAUAACGAUUACACCGAAACAAACGUUGAUCUUCAUUUCCCCAGCGGCGGCGUGGCUAAGUUCAAAACUAGUGCAGUGAAAGAAUUAUCCAAUGUGGCUGUUAUAACGGGUUCGAAAGGAUCUAUAAAGUUGCAUGAAUUUUGUUGUCCUAUCGAGCUGACUGACAUCGACGGUACAGUUCGAUUCUAUCCGCUGCCCAGCUCUAAUGUUGAAUGUAUUAUGAAGAACAGUGUUGGAUUGCGCUUCGAGGCAGAAGAAUGUAGGAAACGCAUCCUGGCUGGUGAUUCAGAAUCACAGGUAGUGACUCACGCGAACAGUUUGGCCAUCGCUCGAGUACAAGAUGCGAUUAGGAAGCGGUUGGGAAUCGAAACGGCUGAAGAUUACACUUUUAAGUCUUAAUUUUUUAUGGGGCAAUUUAACAUAAAAAUGGAGUAAAUGAACAAAAUGUAGACUGGAGGGACAUGAAAUUUUUGACGAAAAUUUCUAACAAUCCACAAAAUCUUUUAAUUUCCUAACUUUUUCAUUUAUA